AUGGCUGCCUCCACCAUGUCUGUCUGCUCUGAUGCUUGCACCAACUCCUCCUGGCAAGUGGACGACUGCCCAGAGAGCUGCUGUGAGCCCAGCUGCUCCCCUUGCCUGACCCUCCUCUGCACCCCAGUGAGCUGUGUGUCCAGCCCCUGCUGCCAAUCUUCCUGUUGUACACCCUCAUGCUGCCAGCAGUCUAGCUGCCAGCCAGCUUGCUGCACCUGCUCCCCCUGCCAGCCAUCCUGCUGUGUGACUCUUUGCUGCAAGCCUGUCUGCUGCACACCCAUCUGCUGUGGAUCCUCCUCAUGCUGCCAGCAGUCUAGCUGCCAGCCCUCAUGCUGCCAGCAGUCUAGCUGCCAGCCCUCAUGCUGCCAGUCCUCAUGCUGCCAGCAGUCUAGCUGCCAGUCCUCAUGCUGCCAGCAGUCUAGCUGCCAGUCCUCAUGCUGCCAGCCCUCAUGCUGCCAGCCUUCCUGCUGUGUGCCUCUCUGCUGCAAGCCUGUCUGCUGCACACCCAUCUGCUGUGGAUCCUCCUCAUGCUGCCAGCCCUCCUGCUGUGCUCCUGUCUGCUGCAAGCCCUGCUCCAGCAUGUCCCUGCUCUGCCGCCCCGUGUGCAGACCCGCCUGCUGCGUGCCCACCUCCUCCUGCUGUGCCUCCUCCUGCCAGCCCAGCUGCUGCCGCCCAGCCUCCUGUGUGUCCCUGCUCUGCCGCCCUGCCUGCUCCCGCCAGGCCUGCUGUGGCCUCUCCUCGGGCCAGAAGUCCAGCUGCUGCUGA